AUGGUCGCCAUCAAGUCCCACCGCCCGCGCGUCCACUUCCCCAACUGCAAGAAGACGACGAAGACCAAAGCACCAACUCCAACACAACAGACCCCUCCCGCCUCCGCCGCCUCCGAAGAAGAAGAAGGAGAAGACGACACCAACUCACCCCCGGCCUCUCUCCUGACCGAAAUCCAAGACCUCCCUCCCAUCAUCACCAACUCCGCCUCCGCUCAGCAUCCCAAGGGACCCCAGGAUGAGCAGCACGCCCAGCACAAGCGCGCUUCCUCGUUCCCCCCAGCCUUCCAGAAGCUCGUGACGCUCUUCGCCGGCCGCCGCAAGUCCUCCACCGCCGCCGCCGCCGCCGCUACUGCAGAGAAGGAGAAGAAGAAGCACAUCCGGCGCAACACAGCGCCGCAGCCGUCCACAGAACCACUGCCCUCCACCUCCACCUCCACCGUCCAGCAGCAGCGCCCGCGCCCAGCAAGCCAGCACUCCCUCGCCCUGCAACCCGCCAGCACGCCACCAGCGCCGGCGCUCCACCAGGCGCAGCCUCCCGCUCCCCGACCGAUGCAGCCCUACAUCGACAUCCCCGCCGCGCCCGCGCACCCGCUCACCGGCCACGCGGCCGUGGCGCCAGACGCCCACCCGCCGACCGUCGUGCAGCGCGGGUUCGAGGUCCCUGGCAGUCCGCCGCUGCCGCGGCGCCGGGCGCAGCAGACGUCGGUGCUGGAUCGCGCGGGGGAUGCGUGGGCGGGGUAUUAUGCGAACCGGACGGCGGUGGCGGCGGGGCCGUUUAGGUGGUGA